AUGCCGAAGGCAGCUAAGAGCAGGUCUGGCAAGGCCGAAAAGAAGACUCGUCAGAAGAAGGACCCCAACGCACCCAAGAGGGGCCUCUCUGCGUACAUGUUCUUCGCCAACGAGCAGCGCGACAAUGUGCGCGAGGAGAACCCUGGCGUCUCGUUUGGCCAGGUCGGCAAGAUCCUUGGUGAGCGGUGGAAGGCCUUGAGCGACAAGCAGCGCGCGCCCUAUGAGGCCAAGGCGGCCGCCGAUAAGAAGCGGUACGAGGAUGAGAAACAGGCGUACAAUGUAAGUGUCUGA